UGCUGUAGUGGUACUGCCGGCUAGAUAGUCGCCGGUUUGUGCUGACAUCAUACGAAUAUCCACACGUCAAACCCAAUGGGAAGAUCAGAUCGGCAAAGGCGCUCUCUCUUCUCUCACAAUUUUAGUUUGAAUCAACUCGCAAAGCAAGUUGACAUUCAGACUCGAACCUAAUCAAUACUCUUCGCUUCGAUUCCCUUACUUCCUUUUCUUUGACAUGUGCAAGCCCGAACCUAUUCGCGAUCACAACGGCGCGGCCGAUGGCGCCGGAAAAGCUCCUGAUGUGUGGCACGUCCUUGAUGUUGACUCCUGCAUGGAUACUCUCAAGACAUCCAUGCGUGGUCUCUCCUCUUCCCAAGCUCAAGAGCUGCUCAAGGUCCACGGAUACAAUCAGUUGACCGAGAAGAAGAAGAAGACUCUCCUCGAGCGCAUCUGGGGUCAAGUGAACAACGUGUUGGUUGGAAUCUUGGCCGUUGUUGCUGUGGUCUCUGCUGCCAAAGCUGCUACUGCCAAGUCUACCGAGGAUGCCAUUACCAACUGGCUCGAAGUUGCCUUGAUUGUCUUCGUCAUCUCCCUCAAUGCCUGGAUUGGUAUCAUGCAGGAAGGUUCUGCCGAGAAGGCCGCCAAUGCCCUCAAGUCGAUGCUUUCCUCUGAUGCUGAGGUUGUCCGUGAUGGUGUGAACACGGAAAUCCCUGCCAACGAGCUUGUCCCCGGUGACAUUGUUGUCAUCAAGACUGGUGACCGUAUCCCUGCUGAUAUCCGUAUGUUGGAGACCUCCAACUUGGCCUGUACCGAAGCUGCUCUUACUGGUGAAUCCCUCCCUGUUGAAAAGGUUAUUGAAGCCCUUGAAACCAACAACCCUGCUGAGGUUCCUUUGGGUGACCGCAAGAACAUGGCCUUCUCUGCUACCUUGUGUUCCCAGGGACGUGGUCUUGGAAUUGUUUGCUGCACUGGAGACAACACCCAGAUUGGUACCAUCAACGCCCUUGUCAACAAUGUCGAACAAAAGAAGACUGCUGUGCUCGAGCAAAUCGACAAUGUCUCCAAGGUCAUUGCUUGCUUUGUUGUCCUUUGCGGUUUGAUCACCUUCUUUGUUGCCUACUUCCAUGUUGACCAAGCUCCUCUGGACUCUGUUGCCAUCGCCUUGGUCUGUGCUGUUGCCAUGAUUCCUGAAGGUCUUGCCUCCAUUGUCUCUUUGACCUACGCCUAUGCUGUCUCCAACAUGGCCAAGUUGAAUGCCAUCGUGCGCAUGCUUCCUGCUGUUGAGACCUUGGGUAGUGUCACUGUGAUCUGCUCUGACAAGACUGGAACCUUGACCAAGAACGAGAUGACUUUGACUGCCUUUGUCACCUCCGAAGGCCGCUACCAAUUCAACACAGACAGUACCGAACGUGUGUCCUCCAACUUUGUCCGUAAUGAUGCUUUCAUGGCCUACAAGAGUGGAGAAGACAACAAGGCACCAGUCCAAAGUGUCGGAAGCUCCCCAGUUGCCAAUGGCCAAUCCCCCAACACUGCCUACUUCCAGUCUGCCAUGGCCUGUGGUGUCCUUUGUGGUAACAGUAAACUUGGAGUCAACGGUGGACGUGAUGGAGAGAUUGGAAACCCAACCGAGCUUGCCAUUGUCCGUGCUGCCUACUUCUCUGGUUGUGAUGUUGAUGGCAUGAAAACCAAGUCUCCUACUGUCGCCGAGGUUCCUUUCAGCUCCGAGUACAAGUUCAUGGCCACUGUUCACGAACCAGUUGCUGAGAUUGAUGGUGCUGGCAAUGAUGGAGAAUAUGUUGUCUAUGUCAAGGGUGCCCCCGAUCGGAUGGUUGCCAUGUGCUCUCACCAAUUCAAGGGAGGUAUUGUUGGAGAAGAAAAUAUUGAGCCUGUCAACACUGAAUACUGGAACAAGCAAAUCUCUAUCCUCAGUUCCUACGGUCUUCGUUGUCUUGCUCUGUGCCGCACCAUGGUUCCCAAGGACAGUGUGAAGAAGGGAGAACAGCUCAAGCCUGAUUUCGUGAAGGGCAAGGGCGCUUGGUUGACCAUUGUUGGACUCUGUGCUAUCAUGGAUCCUCCUCGUCCUGAGUGUGUUGAUGCUAUCAAGGUUGCCCACAAGGCUGGAAUCCGUGUUGUCAUGAUCACCGGUGACCACAAGGAUACUGCGCUUGCUAUUGGAGAAAUGCUUGGCCUUGUUGAUGAGAAAUUCAACGAAGCAAAGACUGGACCUGAGUUGGACAACAUGGAUGAUAUGCAGCUGCGUCAUGCUGUCAUGAACUACAAUGUCUUCGCCCGUGCAUCUCCCCAAAACAAGAUCCAGAUUGUCGAAGCCCUUCAGGCAGAGCAGCAGGUCUGCAGUAUGACUGGUGAUGGUGUCAAUGAUGCUCCAGCUCUCAAGAAGGCCGAUAUGGGUGUUGCCAUGGGUAAAGAAGGAACUGAUGUUGCCCGUGAAGCCUCUGAGAUGAUCCUUGCCGAUGAUAACUUUGCCACCAUUGUUGCUGCUGUCCGAGAAGGCCGUGUUGUCUGGGAUAACUUGCGAAAGAUUCUCUUUGUUAAUACUCCCAUCAACAACGCUCAAGGUCUCACUGUUCUUUUCGGUAUGAUCUUUGGAAUGAAGGACACUCUUUUGACACCCAUCCAGGUCCUUUACUGUAACUUGAUCUGUGCCGUCACCCUUGGUUUUGUCCUUGCUGUGGAACCUGCUGAGGAUGGAAUCAUGCUUCACAAGCCCCGCAAGCCCGGCAAGCGCCUCAUCGGACGCUUCCUUCUUCUCCGUAUCCUCAUCGCCACCGUCACCCUUGUCAGUUUGACUGUUGGAGCCUCCUACCUUGUCCGUGGUGUUGCUGGCGACAACGAAGAUGGCAAGAAAUAUGAUUUGGCUCAAAUCCGCUCCCAAGCCUCCAACACUUUGACCUUUUCGGCCAUCUCUGUCACCAUGAGUGCUCGAUUCUCCUACCUUUCUUCCUUGCACCCCCGUCUCUUCCGUGGAAACCCCUUCAUGUGGUACUCCCUUGUCCCUCUUGUCAUCUUGCAGCUCAUGAUCACCUACAUCCCUGGUCUCAACAGCGUCUUGUUCGGCAUGGGACCCAUGGAUUGGAUGCAGUGGGUCAUUGUGUUGGUCUGCAUGGUUAUCACCUUCCUUGUCAUGGAGACAGAGAAGUCCAUCCGCAGUAGCCUGAAGUCUCAAGGUUCUGACACUGAUGACGAAAAGUAUGAUGCUCGCUUCGACAACUAAGCGACCACCAAAAAUGAACGAGGCGCCCCACUGGUGCUACAGCGGAGGAAGACCUCUUCAUCUCUAUGUGUAAGAACUUGUGAUUGACAGUGUGUGUACAUACAAAAAAGAAACGAAGAUCUCUGCCAAGCGGCGGUAGACAUUAGAAAGAUAACCCACUAGUAGUACGAAUU